AAACGCCGCUCCAUAUAUAUAUAUUGUAUUUCAACCUCCCUUCCCUUCAUUUUCCUCCAUUAACCCCAUCUUCUUCUUCUACCUGAGAGGUGAAAUGGCCUCCAUACACACCGCCCUUUCUCCGGAGGUCUCCUCUUCGGCCACCAACAGAAGAAAAACAACACCCACACCUCCAACUUCUCGUUCCAUAUCCUUGCCCUUCACUUUUAAGUCACAGUUCAACGCCUUGGUAGUUGGUGGAAGCCCAUUGCUUGGCUGUUUCAACCACUCUCUUGUUCCUCGCGCUGUCGCCACUCCCAAUUCGGUUCUCAGCGAACAAGCCUUCGAGGGUCUCCCGCUUCACCAAGACGACGACGUUUAUGACUCCGAGUCUGAAGCCACCAACGGCGACGAGCUUGACGUUUCCAAGUUGGGUUUGCCUCAGCGACUCGUGGAUACCCUUGUCAAACGUGGCAUCACUCACCUUUUCCCCAUUCAGAGAGCUGUAUUGGUACCUGCACUGGAAGGUAGAGACAUCAUUGCUCGUGCAAAGACUGGAACUGGCAAGACAUUAGCCUUUGGGAUUCCAAUAAUUAAACGUCUUACUGAAGAUGAUGCCGGACGUUCAAGGAGGAUGUCUGGCCAGCUUCCGAGAGUUUUGGUCCUAGCUCCUACUCGGGAGUUAGCCAAACAAGUGGAGAAAGAAAUUAAAGAUUCUGCAGCUUAUUUGAACACGGUUUGUGUUUAUGGAGGGGUUUCUUAUACUAUUCAGCGAAGCGCUCUUUCCCGUGGGGUUGAUGUAGUUGUUGGGACUCCUGGUCGAAUCAUUGAUCUUAUAGAAAGUAAUGACCUCAAAUUGGGGGAAGUUGAAUAUCUGGUCCUUGAUGAAGCUGAUCAGAUGCUUGCCGUUGGGUUCGAGGAGGAUGUCGAAGAAAUUCUAGAAAACCUCCCCUCAAAGAGGCAAAGCAUGCUUUUCUCUGCAACCAUGCCUUCUUGGGUUAAAAAGUUGGCAAGAAAGUACUUGGACAAUCCUCUGAAUAUUGACUUGGUUGGAGAUCAAGAUGAAAAGCUUGCUGAAGGGAUCAAACUUUAUGCAAUAUCAGCCACUGCAACUUCAAAGCGGACCAUUCUUAGUGAUCUCAUGACAGUUUAUGCGAAGGGUGGGAAAACCAUUGUUUUUACACAAACAAAACGAGAUGCUGAUGAUGUAUCAAUGGCUUUAACAAGUAGCAUAGCUUCUGAGGCAUUGCAUGGUGAUAUAUCUCAACAUCAGAGGGAGAGAACAUUGAAUGGUUUUCGCCAAGGAAAAUUUACAGUGCUUGUUGCCACUGAUGUUGCGGCUCGUGGACUUGAUAUCCCAAAUGUUGAUCUGGUUAUCCACUAUGAGCUUCCCAAUGAUGCGGAGACUUUUGUGCAUCGCUCGGGACGAACUGGACGUGCAGGGAAGGAAGGUUCUGCAAUUUUAAUGUAUACUAACAGCCAAAGGCGAACUGUCAAAACUCUUGAACGUGAUGCUGGAUGUAGGUUUGAGUUCAUUAAUCCUCCAUCUAUGGAAGAAGUUUUAGAGUCUUCGGCCGAUCAAAUUAUUGCUACUCUAAAUGGAGUUCAUCCUGAGUCUAUAAAGUUCUUUACCCCAACUGCUGAAAGAAUAAUUGAAGAACAAGGGACAAGUGCCCUUGCAGCUGCGAUUGCCCACCUAAGUGGAUUUUCCCACCCUCCUUCGUCCCGAUCUCUUAUUACCCAUGAACAGGGAUUUGUUACGCUGCAAUUGAUAAGAGAUGAAACAUAUUCUAGAAGGUUCCUGACUGCUAGGUCUGUCACCGGGUUUCUUUCUGAUGUGUACCCUGCGGCUGCCGAUGAAGUUGGGAAAAUACACCUAAUUGCAGAUGAGAGGGUUCAAGGAGCAGUGUUUGAUCUCCCCGAGGAUAUUGCGAAAGAGUUGCUGAGUAUGAAAAUACCGCCCGGAAACACCAUCACGAAGAUCACUAAGUUGCCUCCUUUGCAAGAUGAUGGACCUUCAGGAGACUUUUACGGCAAAUUCUCUAGCAGGGAACGUUUCUCUAGCAGGGAUCGUUUUUCACGAGGCGGAUCCAAGGAACGAAGAGGUGGUUUGAGGACUUCCAGGGGUUGGGGCAGUGGCCGAGAUUCUGACAAUGAGUUCCAAGGUGGAAGAAAUAGCUGGUCCCGAUCUUCGAGAAGCAGUAGGGAUGACUGGCUAAUCGGUAGUAGCAGCAGAUCAAGGAGACCACCCUCCGGUGACAGGAACUUCGGAGGUUCAUGCUUCAACUGCGGGCGACCAGGGCACAGGUCAGCCGACUGCCCCGAGAAGUCGGACUUUUAGUAUGCUUAUGUUGCUGUUUGGGGCACUUGGUUUUUUUGACAGAUAUUGGCAUUCACUGUAUGAUCUUGAUGGUGGAGACGCCGUUGCCGAUCUGCGAGGGAACUCUACUGAUGUUUUUAGUUAGCUUUUGUUGGUAAUUCAGUCAUUUGAUAUU